CGCGCGGGGGGCGGGGGCGAGCGCAGCGGGAGGGGAGGCGGGCAAGAUGGCGCCUGGCGAGUGAUUUUCCUCGGAUCCCUCCUGCGGGCGCGGAGACACCGGGGCGGGGGUCCUGCCGCCACUACCUCCCUUCCUCCUCUCCCCCGCCCCCGGAGCCUUCCUCCUUCCCUUACCCCCCUCCACCUCGGGGGGCGGGCCUGGUUCCUGGAACACCAUGUCGGACUCUGAGGAGGAGAGCCAGGACCGGCAACUGAAAAUCGUCUUGCUGGGGGACGGCGCCUCCGGGAAGACCUCUUUAGCCACGUGUUUUGCUCAAGAAACUUUUGGGAAACGGUACAAACAAACUAUAGGACUGGACUUCUUUUUGAGAAGGAUAACAUUGCCAGGAAACUUGAAUGUUACCCUUCAAAUUUGGGAUAUAGGAGGGCAGACAAUAGGAGGCAAAAUGUUGGAUAAAUAUAUCUAUGGAGCACAGGGAAUCCUCUUGGUGUAUGAUAUUACAAAUUAUCAAAGCUUUGAGAAUUUAGAAGAUUGGUAUACUGUGGUGAAGAAAGUGAGUGAGGAGUCAGAAACUCAGCCACUGGUUGCCUUGGUAGGCAAUAAAAUUGAUUUGGAGCAUAUGCGAACAAUAAAACCUGAAAAACACUUACGGUUUUGCCAGGAAAAUGGUUUUAGUAGCCACUUUGUCUCAGCCAAGACAGGAGACUCUGUCUUCCUGUGCUUUCAGAAAGUUGCUGCUGAAAUCCUUGGGAUCAAAUUAAACAAAGCAGAAAUAGAACAGUCACAGGUGUUCCAGUUGCCUGCUGAAAGGGCGCCGGGAUCUGCGUCAUUUCCCGUGCGGUGACCCCCUGCAUCAGCUGAAACAAUGGUGCUGCCCGGGAAUCUCCUGGCCAGCUUAAAAGGGCAACCAGAUGAGUGGAUUUUGUUUGGAGAGCCACCACACCACAGUGCCAGCAAAACAUCCGCGCUGGCUACAACAGCUACGCUGGCCAAAACAGCCGCUCUGGUGACCCAUAGGGCUCCUCUGCCUAGGAAUCUCCUGGUCUGUAGACAAUAAAGAUCCACCUGGAAAUGUGGCAUCUACUUACCCUCUGCGCUUUCACUGAGAGCUGCAAUCCUGAGCUGUUCCUAAAAGGGCCAUCUUGGAUCUUUGAAAUUCUGAAAAAUUUAACAGUUACCUUUCACAAAUUGAUGAGUGUCGGCUCUGACAUACCACUUAAGCACAGCACAUUUCCUGUGUUUUUUUGUGACAGGAAGUUCAGGGAUGAACAUCUGAGGGCUGGUGGCUCAUCAGAAACCCAGACUCUUUUUAUCUGCUCUGAUGUCCCAAGCACAAAGGUUUCAUCCUCAUGCAAAUGGCUUUAAGAUUGUGAGGUGGCUGCCAUCCACUCCAUGUCUGCAUGCCAUGCAACAACAAGGAAGGAGGAAAAGGCGAAGUGUGUUUAUUUGAUAAAAGACACUGUAUUUUUUUCUGUAAUUCAUUUGUUUCUGUAAUGAAUUAUCACAAAACUUAACACCAAACGAGAGCAGCUAAGAACAACACACAUUUAUUAUCUUAUUGUCCUGGAGACAGGAAGUCCUUUGUUAGCAGGGCUGGACUCUCUCUGGAGGCCUUAGGGGAGAAUCUGGUUCCUUGCCUUUCACAGCUCUAGAGACCACACACAUUUGUUGGCUUGUGGACCUUUUGUCUUGAAAGCCAUCAAUAGAUGGUUGAGUCCUUCUCACUUCACAGCACUCUGACUCUGCUUUUGUUGUCACUUCUCUUCUUCUGAGUCUUCUGCCUCCCUUUUCUACUUAUGAAGACUAUUGUGAUUACAUUGGGCCCACCUGGAUAAUCCAGGAAAAUCCCCCUGUGUUCGUCCCUCUGCAUUGCUAAAAAGGGCUACCUGAGGCUGGGUACUUUUAUAAAGAACCAGGGUUUAUUUGGCUCAUUGUUCUGCAGGAUGCACAAACACGGCACCAGCAUCUCCUUGGCUUCUGGUGAGGCCUCAGGAAGGUUCCAAUCAUGGCAGAAGGCAAAGGGGGUGCUCCUGUGUCACAUGGUGACAGAGGGAGCAAGAGAGAAAGGGAGGAGGCAGAUUCUUUUAAACAACCAGAUCCCAAGUAAAUGCAUAGAAAGCUUACUCAUUACUGCAAGGGCAGCACCAAGCAAUUCAUGAGGGAUCCACUCCUAUGACCAAAACACCUCCCACUGGGCCCCACUUCCAACAUCAGAAGUUGCAUUUCAAGAUAAGAUUUGAAAGGAACAGAACAUCAAAACCAUAUCACUCAUCAUUGAAAGAUCCUUACCUUAAUUCCAGCUGCAAAGUCUCUUUUGCCAAGGAAGGUAACAUAUUCACAGGUUCCAGGGAUUAGAAUGUGAACAACAUUGUAAGUCAUUAUUCUGCCUGCCACAGCCACUCUCCCCAGGGACUAUUUUCGAUAUCUCAUGGUCUGGAGGUAUGCUGUCACAAGGCCACUGCUAGUUGCAUGCCAGGCUCGAAUCUCAAGUUUUAGCUUUUAGAGGAAUUUAAAAAAUGUACGUAAGACUUUAAGGGCUGGAAAUGAUAUUUGGGUCACCCAACCAAUAUUGGCUUCUACACUGGGAAAUAAUACAUAGCCAAAUGGGUCUAACCCCAAAGUCUGCUGCUUGACUCAAUGGAAUUGUGUUUUAGAAAUAGACUAUUAUCCCAAAUUAAUAAUUGUUGGGUUUACUGUACCGAAGGUUAUUGCUCACGCAUUCUUCUUUUCUUCCCCUCCUCUCUUCCCCUCUCUUCUCUUGCCCUCACCUCCUUUCUCCUCUCCUCUACUUCUGUGAGCCUACAAGUUUUCCACCCUGUCUUCUGGCUUGUAGUAGACUAAAGAGAUGCGUUUCUAUGCUUACUUUUGUAUUUGACACAGGGUGGUGGAAUGUUGUUCACUAUCCCUUCAAAUCAUGGAACAGGGAAUCAAAUGCAGCAUUUUGACCCGUUGUCCUCAUCAUUCCACAAUUUAUCAUGUUGAAAAAUUUAUCCCACAUGACUCUUCUGCCUAUUUUUCAAUUGUUAGAUAUUGUAAUGGAGAGGGCAUUGGGUAAAGGUUAAGGCAGCCUCAGACGACUGAUAGUCAGGUAUGUUGACUUAAGCAGUAGAAUUACCUACAGGGAGGAAGAACUUUAUGGUUCAGAGUGAUAAAAUAGCUCCUCACUGGCUUUGCCAUGGUACCUAAAUUUUUCAACAUCAUGGGAAGUAUGGCAUGUUGUUAAUACAUGACAGGAAAUAUGACAUAUUAUUAUUAAAAGACCUUUUGAUUUCCAACUUGGCUACUGUAAAGAGGAGAGAAUCUAAAUGAAACUGGUCUUGUGGUGUCACUUAGGUAAGUCUCCAAUAGGAAAGCAGUGGAAAUUUGAACAAGAACCAGAUAAAUUUGUUUUGUGUUCCAUAGAAGUGUUGGCAAUAUUUACUAUGCCAUUCAAUGUCCCUUUUAUAAAAAGGUGAGGCGUUUUAGAAUUUACUGCCCACAAAAGCUUUGUUCCAGAAACAUAGGUGUAGAUAUUGAAAACACAAGGUGGUUUGGUUCCUCUCUUGGCAUCUCUAUAUAGUGCUAAGGUUCAAGGAGGCCUGGAAAGAAUUUUCAAGGAAGACAUAUUAUAGACCAAGAACUUCCGUUUCAAGCCUCUCUAAACAAGGCUUCAUAAACACAAGGAGUGAUGUGAGGGGUUUUUGCUGUCGCUUCUCUUUCUUAUAAACCACAUGUGCUGCAUAUAAGAAGCCAGCCUCUGUGAGAGAGAACUGAACAGGAUAAGAAGUUUGUUGACAAAAUACCUGCCCCCUGAAGUAGGAUCCCAGUCUCUAAUGGUGCCUCCAAGCACUCAAGACAGCAGCGGCUUAACAUUUUGACAUUGUUGUCUAAUUUUUCUUUGUCUCUUCCUGUUCUCUGCUGCUUGGUGGUAGCCUGGGUUGCACAGGAUCAUGUGAGUUCACUUAGUCACGUCUGCAAAUGAGAGCCUUCGAAGUGUAAACUUUAUUCUUCAUUGUGAUUUAAAUCACAUCUUGGUGACAGGGCAUCCAUCUCAACAAAUGGCAUAGGGCCAGCAAAAGUCAAAGACUUAAGCAACGUGCAUGAUCAUUGUUUAAAGACAUGUCAAAAGGAAGAGAACUACAUUUAAAAAUUUUUGGUAUAUACAUAACAUUUACUAUUUUAACUGUUUUUAAGUAUGUAGUUCAGUGGCAUUAAGUGUAUUCAAAUCCACUGCUGUUCAACCAUCACCACCGUUUAUCUGCAGAACCUUUUCAGUUUCCCAAACUGAAACUCUGUCCCCAUUGUACACUAGCUUUCCAUUUCCUUCUCGUCAGCUUCUGGCAACUACCAUUCAGCACCAUCCUUUCUGUCUCUAGGAAUUUGAUUACUCUAGGUACCUCAAAGUACGUGGAAUUAUAUUAGAUUUGUCCUUUUGGGUCUGGUGUAACUUCACUUAGCAUAAUGUUUUCAAGGUUCAUUCACAUUGCAACACGUGUCAGACUCCCAUUUCUUUUUAUGGAUAAACGAUACUUCAUUGCAUCUGCUGUGAUGUAGAAUCUCAUUGUGGUUUUGUCUUGUAUUUACCUAAUCAUUAGGGAUGUUGAACAUCUUUUCUUGUGCUUAUUGGCCACUUGUAUGUCUUCUCUGGAGAAAUGUCCAUUCUGUUCUUUGCCUGUUUUUUAGCUGGUUUGUUUGUUUUUUGUUUUUAGUUGUAUAAAGUACAGAUUCUUGGAUUACAGACCAUGUAACAAUAAUAACCAUGACUUGUAGCCUAUUAAUUAACCAGCAAACUGGCCUAUCCACCCUUCCCUCAUUUCAAGCCCAAGGUUUUAAAGUAUCAUUUAUAUCAAUGUGUAUCUGCAAUCUCAUUUCAACACCUUGCCAAUCAUCAGGUGUUUCUGUAAAAAGGCAUCUGUACAAACUGUAGCAUCUGUUUAGAAGUAGGGAAUCCAGAGAGGGAAUCCAUACCACCAUCACCACUUACUGGUACUAGGGUGUUGGAAGUCUGGCAGCUGGUCUCAGUUUGAAUAUUUAAUAUCAAUUUGGACAGUGGACCUGAAACACCAGAACCCAACCCAAGAUUUCCAUGUUCUAAUGAUCUUCCAACCAUGCUUGUGCUAAGCUCUACUCAGCUUCCCUUAAUGGCACUUCGGUUCUGCAGGCUGUACCAUUUUGAGGGAAAGCAGGGUGGCUCUCUGCAUAAAAUGCCAUGGGAUAUGAAAAGUAAAGCAGCUUUGUCUGCUUUACCAGGGGAAAGCUCCAGACUUUCUCAGGUAUCCCUCCAAGUUUUCCAAAUAGUUGUGAGAAUCCUGAGAAGCAGGUACAUCUUGUGUUCUCUUAGAAACUGUUCUCUUAGAAUUGUUGAGUUCACCUUGUACCUCUAACACUCUCUAUUUCUAGAGCAGCAUGUCUUCUGGAAAGUGUCUGCCCAAGCUUUCACGACAGCUGGUAAUACCACCAGUGCCUGCAUCAAGGCUGCAGAGACUGGUCACAAACACAUGUUGCCUAGGUCAUUGGCUUCAACGUUGCUGACACCUUGCACUUAACUUGUCAUAUUCUUCUAACUUGUAUUGCUCUUUUAUAGCAUCCCCCUUACCAUAAUCAGGCCUGAGCCCUGUGUCCAUGAUCUAGGGGCUAUCUGAUAACACGAGUGACCUUUAGAGCCACCCUACUGAUGCGAACACAUUGCUGUCUGUCCAAAGUUGUAAAAAGGAGUGUGCAGUGCCUAGGGUGAGUUUUCCCAAAUGAGGAUACUCUUAUUUUCUUCCAUAUUAAAAGAUAUUCUGUUGAGUCCACAUUCUUCCUCCAUCAUUACCAUCUAUGAAUACAUCUCAGGGUGAGCACACAGACUGGGAUCCUACUCUAUGAUUUUGAAAAAAAAAAAAAAAAAAAACACUAUAUUUCAGCUACAGUUAUUCAUCCACUCAUUUUUCUCUUGAGAUGAAUCUAGCACAAAAGCACUUCCAUGUUUUAAAUAUAAAAAUCUAAGUUUUAUUUAUCCAAUGAGAAUAUUCCAACAUAUUCUGGCAUUUCAUCAUAAAAUUCUUUGCUUUGCUUUUUAAUAGGUUUACAUAUACAUAUUAACACAUUCAUCUCCAAAUCCUCCUAGGGAGAUUGCUGAACUAGAGGAUUGAAUUGAGAUUGGAGACUUCCUGGAAUAAAUAAAAGCGUAGCUACUAAAGGGUAAUAUGAUACAUUUAUUAUUCUGCGAGGCUCCUCUGCAUACUAUUCUAACACACUCCCUGGGUGAAUAAGAAACCCAACCUAGUCUUUAUAACACUGGGACUCACAGAUGGUGGAUGGGAAAGGUGCUGUGUACAUAGAAAAAGUAUUUUAUUUUUUCGAUUGGCUUUAAAUUGUAUUGCAGUCGAGAAUGGGAGAAGCACCUAUGGUUAAUUUAACAGAUCCAUUAGUGAAAGGACCUUUAGAAAUCUGUCAAAACUUUUUAUUAUAUAAAAAGAGAAAUUUCUCAGAUGGGAAAAAUGACUUGCUCGAACUCAAAUCAUAAGAGCCAAAUGUCACUUGUUCAUCAUCUCGUGGCCAAACAACUUUAUGCAGGCUGUUCUGAAUCACAGUUAUUAUCCUCGGACUGUUUGUUAAUGGUUGUUACUGACUAUUAACGGUCUGUGAUAUUUACCUUCCAAGAGACUAACAUUUUAACAUGUAAAAGAACCUUGUACCAUAGGAAGAAGAAAGUUUUGAGGGUAAAAUCAACCCUAAGGCCACCAAGUAAACUCAAUGUGCAGGGGUUCUUCACCUGAGGUCCUUAGAAGGGCUUUAACCUGCCGGGCGUGGUGGCUCACGCCUGUAAUCCCAUCACUUUGGUAGGCCAAGGUGGGCAGAUCACCUGAGAUCAGGUGUUUGAGACCAGCCUGGACAACAUGGUGAAACCCCGUCUCUACUAAAA